AUGGGGCAAGCCUACCAUGGUAGUAUGUGGCUAGACCGUGGAGGAAAUUUGUGGCUGUGGUUGGACGGUGUGGGGGAUCCAAGUCCCAAUGCCAUAGUUACGAUUGCAACUUGUGGGAUUGAGUCGGUUGCAGGUUGCAAUAGAUUGGCCGCGGGGGUUGCUUUCGUCGCUGUUGUGGAGCUCGAUGGCGUUUGUGAAAUUGGUGUGAGGUUUUAUACGAGCACGUGGGACGCUAUGAAUGGUCCCACACUCGCUGGGAUGUUAUCCCUUGGUGAGGAGGUUAUAGCACUGCUCUGCACCAUAACUGUCACGCCUAUGUCUUUCGCAUUAGUGAAGGCCCGACCUUUGCUUCAGACUUGGUCUGACUGA